CUAAACAACAUUGAACCAAAACCGACUCAACUGCGAAUUCGUCGUUGUUAGCGACGCCGGACUAUAUAAAGCAUUUCUCGAUCUCAUCUUCAUACAUAGCUACAAGUCUUUGCCCGAGUUGACUCAGUCCUAGCUGCUCUGGGAACGGCCACUCGCAGUACUGGAUUCAAGAUCAGAUGGCGGAAGGUGGAAUUCAAUCGAGGUAUGUGAAGUUGACGAAAGAUCAGGCGCCGCUUGAGGAGGACAUUAAGCCCGGUGAGCUCAAUCUGCCCAUUGAUGUCCCUCAGUUAUCUGUUCGCAAGUGCAAUGAAUGUGGGCAGCCUUUGCCUGAAAGUUUUGAGCCUCCUGCUGAUGAACCUUGGAUGACUGGGAUCUUUGGAUGUACUGAAGAUAGGGAUAGCUGUUGGACUGGACUUUUUUGCCCAUGUGUCCUGUUUGGGCGUAACAUUGAGCAAUUGAGAGAAGAUACUCCUUGGACACAACCGUGCCUGUGCCAUGCCAUUUUUGUCGAGGGAGGUAUUGCUCUUGCAGUAGCAACAGCAGCAUUAAAUGGCAUUGUAUUUGAUCCUAGGACAUCGUUCCUUAUCUGCGAAGGCUUGUUCUUUGGUUGGUGGAUGUGUGGGAUAUACACUGGUCUCUUUCGCCAAUCGUUGCAGAAGAAGUAUCAUCUCAAGAAUUCCCCUUGUGACCCCUGCAUGGUGCAUUGCUGCAUGCACUGGUGUGCCUUGUGCCAGGAGCAUAGAGAGAUGAAGGGCCGUCUAUCAGAUAACGUUGUUAUGCCAAUGACGAUUGUCAAUCCUCCACCUGUCCAAGAGAUGACUGCUUCUGGCGACAACCAGGAAUCUGCUCCGUCUUCCACAAAUGCCCCUGGGCAGACGAACCUCGAGAUGCAAGCUUUGUGAAGCUUCCUACUCUCAAAGAGUCUCGGGAAGUACUCAAUUGAAAGAUUCAAAUAUACUCUGAAAGAUUGAUGGUGGAUGAUUUGCUCCUUUGGUGGUAUAUAGAUGGGGAACUGUUUGCUGUUACUGGAGAUUGGAGAAAGUAUAGUUCAAUACACCAAAAAACAAACCUUUUUUGCAGUAGAGUUUCAGAAAUUGUUUUCAAUCUCUUGCAAACCGGAAACUGCUUCUAGUUUUUGAACCUAUAGUUGCAUAUAUACUUGCCUUCUUUGAUGGUUGAGUUUCAGAGCUCAGGUUUUCUUAUA